GGUACUUGUAGUUCGUGAGGUCUGCAAUGCAACGGUUUUUAUGAGUGUAUGGAACAGCGUUACCCACAAUCCUCUGUGCUGUUACGCUCAGUGGGCGGAGCUCGAGCGGAAACAUGGCAGCGGGCGUCUUAACUGGAGUUUCAGUAAGGCAGGUUCUCCGGGGACCUCGGGUGGUCUCUGCUGUGUUCUCAUGUCACGGACAGUCAUUCAGCUCCGCAGCAGCUGCAGUCAAAUCACCGCCAGCACCGACAGACAACGCUGCUACAGAGAAGAUCCUUAACUUUCCACUCACUCAGCCGGACUAUUUUCGCUUGUCUGAGCUCUUCUCCAUGAAGGACCUGUUUGAAGCCCGUGUUCAUCUCGGACACAAGAAAGGUUGCCGGCAUAGGCUGAUGGAACCAUACCUUUUUGGUUCUCGUCUGGAUACUGACAUCAUUGAUCUGGAUCAGACUGUAGAACACCUCCAGCGGGCGCUGAACUUCACGGCUCACGUGGCGUACCGCGGCGGCAUCAUCCUGUUCGUCAGCCGCAGGCGGCAGUUCGGUCACCUGAUAGAGACGACGGCACGAGAGUGCGGCGAAUACGCUCACACGCGCUACUGGAAGGGCGGCCUGCUCACCAACGCCCCCAUCCAGUACAGCCCCGGCGUCCGGCUGCCGGACCUCAUCGUUUUCUUCUCCACUCUCAAUAACGUUUUCCAGCAGCACGUCGGCAUCAGGGAUGCGGCUAAAAUGAAUAUCCCCACAGUUGGGAUCGUGGACUCUAACUGUAACCCCAGUCUCAUCACGUACCCAGUGCCCGGCAAUGAUGACACCCCUGUUGCCAUGGAGAUGUACUGCCGGCUGUUUAAAAUGACCAUUAACAGAGCAAAGGACAAGAGGAGACAGAUGGAGCUUCUCAAGGGUAUUUCAGCCUCAGUAUGAGGUCAACGAGCCUCAACAUCUCUACUCAGAGUUUGUGUGUAUGUAUAUUGUCCUCACAUAGAACGUUCAGUGGAAAUAUAAGUCCAAAAAGUAACUGCAGUUACAAUUCAGACAUAUUAAUGUAUUAUUUUGAUUAUUUUGAAUUUCAGUACUUAAAAAGUUAAAACAUGCGACUAUCCUAGAACUAUGGAAGUCCAUUGCCGCCAUGGAAUAAAAAAGGAAAUUACAACUUUUUAUCUCACAGUUCUGACUGUUUCUCUCAGAAUUGCAAGUUUUUUUUAAGUUCUAGUUUAUAUUCCGUAAUACAUUUUUUCACCUCAGAUUUCUUAGUUUCCAUCUCACUUUUUCUUCCUGACAUUUAAUUUAAAAAGUAAUCUCACAAUUCAGACUUUUCUUCUCAGAAGAGAGUUUAUAUCUUGCAGUUCAGAUUUUGUUUUUUUUAAAUUGCAAGAUAUAAACUUUGAUGAAAAAGUCACAAUUGCCUUUAUUUUUUUCUCUGGCAGCAACGGGCUUUCAUACGGAACUAAAGAUGUCUCGCUUAAUUAGAAAAUGUAAAAUCCAAUGACGUAAAACUAAAUAUUUAUUGUUUUUCUGAUUCAAUUUCCAUUGAUAACCUGUUAUGUGAACCCAAUAAAAUUUCACAAAUCCAAAA